AUGGCACACAAUAACCACACCCAUCUCCAUGGCCAAGACCUCCCAAAAGUUCUGCAACUUCUCCCAAACCCCUGCUUCGCUCUCGUGGAGGCCAACAACUCCCACAAGUUCCACUUCCUCAAAGCCUGGGUCUCUCCUCUCCCUCAAGACCAGUUCUUGGAAACGCAAGCAGGCUCAGUGCAGGUCCUUCUGUCCUCCGCCAUUGGACCGCCCAUCACUGCCCAGAUCCUCCAUUUGCUGCCCUCCUUGAAGCUCCUCGUCACCAUCAGCGCAGGCCUCGACCAUGUCGACUUGGCCGAGUGUCGAGCGCGCGGCGUGGCCAUUGCCAGCGCCUCUAAGAUCUUCGCUGAGGACGUUGCUGACGUGGCCGCGGGGCUGCUUCUCGAUGUCAUGAGAAAUAUUUCGGCUUCCGAUCGGUUUGUCCGAGAUGGGUUUUGGGUUAGCAAGGGUGAUUUUGCUCUGGGUUCUAAGGUAGGAGGCAAACGAGUUGGGAUUGUUGGAUUGGGAAACAUUGGCUUAGAAGUGGCUAAGAGACUUGAGGCCUUUGGUUGCAGUAUCUUGUAUAACUCAAGGAAGAAAAAACCAUUUGUUUCGUACCCUUUCUUUCCUGAUGUAUGUGAACUUGCAGCCAAUAGCGAUGUGCUUGUCAUUUGUUGUGGUUUGAAUGCUCAAACCCACCACAUGAUUAACAAGAAAGUCUUGUUGGCAUUGGGAAGAGAGGGGGUGAUUGUGAAUGUAGGACGUGGGGCUAUAAUUGAUGAGAAGGAAAUGGUGCAGUGUUUGGUGCGAGGAGAGAUUGGAGGUGCUGGUUUGGAUGUGUUUGAGAAUGAGCCUCAUGUUCCUAAAGAGCUAUUUGCAUUGGAUAAUGUCGUACUGUCACCACAUCAAGCUGCCCUUACACCAGAAUGUUUCACGGCGUUGAGCGAACUAGUAAUAGGGAAUUUGGAAGCAUUCUUCUCAAACAAACCAUUGCUUUCUCAAAGCAUGCUAUUGUCGGUCUUAACCCCAUUGACCUGCCGGAAUUGUGGAGCUGCUAUAGCUAAUGCAAGAAAUGUGUUCUGUGAGGAUGUGGCAUAUGUGCCAGUAGGGAUUGCUUAUUCACGUGCUAAGAAAGAUUUCGGCUUCUUGGUGGAUAUGUGA